AUGUCCAACGUCUUCAAGGGCGAGUUCAAGGUGACCACGCAGUCGCUGAUGGGCAAGGCCGACGUCAAGAAGCUCCGCUCGUCGCUGCAGGCCGAGUUUCCCGAGCUCACGAAGAAGGCGCUCGACGGCAUCCUCGGCAAGGAGGAGGUGGGCGUGCUCAAGUGCUCCAACGGCUCGACGCUCUACGUGCCGGGCGACGGGCCCGCCGCCUUCUUCGACGACGGCUUUGGCGGCGUCUACCCGACGCUGACGACGCUGUGGCGCAUCCCCGACAUGAUGCCGGAGCUGGUGACGCACGCGCCGGUCUCAAAGUUCCUGCUGCCAAAGGAUCGGUCCGCGGGCGCCGACAUGAUGCUUCCCGGCGUCAUCGUCCCGCCCGAGGGCCUCGGUCCCCUCGAGCUGGGCCAGAAGCGCUGCAUCCGAGUCGAGGGAAACAAGAUGCCGAUCGCCGUCGGAAAGAUGCUGGCGCGCGUCGGCGCGUGCGGCCCGCUCCUCCCCGGCGAGGACCCCGAGCGCGCCGCGCCCUCCGCACAGGUGAAGCAUGUGUACCACGACUCGCUCUGGGCCUACUCGGGCCGCAAGGUGCCGAACGACGGCUUCCUCGCCGACCAGGUCGUCGCGUCGGAGGGAGCACCGCCUGCGGCCGCCGCCGCCGCCGCCGCAGCAGACGAGAGCGACGAGGAGGAGGCGGAGGAGGAGGAGGCGGAGGCGGAGGAGGAGCCGAUGGCGCCGGACGAGCUAAUGAACUAUUGCUUCUACGCCGCCCUCAAGACGACCUGCACCGACGCCGAGCUCCCCCUCUCCGCCGACAAGUUUUACUCGCACCACAUGCAGCCCGCGCGGCCGGCAAAGCAGCCGCCGCUCGACGCCAAGAAGUCGUCCUUCAAGCAGAUCGGCAAGUUCAUCAAGGCGAUGCACAAGGCCAAGGCGAUCGCGGACUACCUCGCCUUUGAGCUCCGCGGCUCGUCGCGCGCCGUCCGCGCCUCCAACACGCCGGCCGACGGCGGCGGCAGGGACGAGGAGGUCUGGCAGCCGAACUCGUACACCAAGCCCCUCUUUGUCGAGAUGGGGCACGACAAGGCGGACUACUUCACCACGCAGGAGGCGCACGCCGUGCUCGACCGCUACGUCAGCGAGAGGCUCGCCGGAGCCGCGGCCGCCCCCUCGAGGUCCGCCGCAGCAGCAGCCCCGCCUGCAGCAGCAGCCCCGCCCAGUGUGGAGGGAUGGCUCGCGGACGCUGGCAUCCCGGCCGCGCGCGCAGCGGGCUACGCGUCCGCCCUGGCGGCGGAGGGCUUCGACUCUGUCCGCGCGCUCCGCGCCGGCGGCCUCGCCGCGGCGGACCUCGCCGGGCUAGGGCUGACGCAGCCGCACGCCGCCGUGGCGAAGGCUGCCCUCGACGGCGAGGUUCGCGCUUUCCUCGACGCGGCGGGCGCGCCCGCGGCGGCGGCGGCCGGCUUCGCGUCCGCCCUCGCCGCCGACGGCUUCGACUCGGUGCGCGCGAUGCGGGCGCACGGGCUGCGGCCCGAGGAGCUGCGCGGCUUCGGGCUCGACGGCGCGCUCGCGACGGCGGUGGCGGCGGCGCUCGCCGAGGCGCCAGCCGCGUCGGGCGCCGGCAGCAGCGGGGUGCCGAUCGACGAGAUGCUGCUCGAGGCGCUGGUCAAGGUCGCGGGCGGCGUCAAGAAGGGGACGACCUUCCCGAGCCACCUGCCGCUCUCCGACCUGCGCGAGCGGCUCGUCGAGCGGAUGAGCGCCUUCCACCGCGUCACCGCGCUCGAGUCGUUCCUCAUCUCGCCCGACGCGGUGGCGCAGGCGCGAGGCCCGCGCGGCGCUUUUCCAAAAGGUGGGUUUUCCAAAAAACGGGCCUUCCCGGGCUGCACGACUGCCGUCCUAAAGCUGCCUGGCAACAACGUCAAGGAGCAGGAGGUGCUGCUGCAGGGCCACUGCCUGAACGAGGUCGUCGACUACCUUCGCGACGCCUACUGCAUCGACAAGAAGUGGGUCGUCCUGCCGACGCCCAAGAAGAGCGGCUGA